AGCCAUGGAGGCCACGGCAGCCACCAAUCGUCGUUCGAAAUUUGAGCGAUCCUUUACCGUACAAGGUGAUGAUGUACCGUCAUGUUCAAGGAAAUCAGGUCAAAAUGGCAGUUUACGAAAGAACAGUCGAUUUACAGCGAGGUCACGAUCACAACGAAGAGGCACACUGAGUUCGAUCGCUUCGUUGUCGUUCAGCCAAAAGCAGGCGCUCACUGCCUCAUGGCGCCUGCUGCGCCCACAAGCGCCAGCUCUGUUUCGAAAAGUUCUACUGGAAUUGGAGAUUGUCUCGAGUAAAGUAAAACAGAUAUUCUACAAAGCACUCUGUGUGGAUGCAUUCAAUAAAGACGAGGAAAAUCUUGCAACUAUGGACGCACAUAUCAAGUUGAUGGUGAAGUUUUUCGAUGACCUACUGGCAACGCUAGAAGACGAAACUGAAUGCACAAAUCGUAUGAAACAAAUAGGCACAGCACAUGCUGUUCUAGCAAGGACAUGUGGAUUUUCAAGCGAUAUUUGGGAACGGCUUGGUGAGAUCGCUAUGGAACGUAUCUGCGCUCACGAAGUUGUACAGAAAACCCGAGAUGCGGCUCGAGCUUGGCGAGUAUUAUUAGCAUGUAUUAUCGACGAACUUCGUAGUGGUUUCGACGUAGAAGCUCGCUAUUAUAGAAAAACCUCGUCCGCGGAUCAACUGGAUGAAGUGGAAAACGUUGAUAGCGAAGAGACAACCGAAUCCAGCACGAUUCAAGAGAAAAUGCGGCAACUACGCUUGGAAUAUGACUCGACAGUGCCUUACGAAUAAAGAGGCCGUGCGCAUGAGCUAUUUGUUGCACCAGCCGCUUUCUCUCCUUUUCCUACUCUUUGUAAUAACCUAGUCAACCGAUCUCAUCAAUCUACAUAUGACACAGCUUCUUUCCUUUUUUCCUCACGUGCUCACCAAGAUUCUUUUCUUCCCGCAAAAAAUUUUGGUCAUCUCAGUUAUGACUACCUAAACAGCAACAUACACAUCAUUCUCUUGUUGUUCUCUCGUGAUCACCUCGCUUUUGUACUGCUUGCACAUUAUUUUCUGGGUCGCAGUAUCAUAAUCGCAUUCUGCGUGUGAUAUUAUGUUUUAUCUGCACAUCUUGUAUAUGUUUUCCAUGUAACUACUUC